UAAAUUUUCGUUCGCUUUUUAUAUAAGUCACCGUCUCUCCUUUGUUCCCCUUUGUGAACUAAUCGUUCAAUUUCUUUCUCCUAUCGCUUUCUCUCUCUACUGAACUACUCAGUUUUUAAAGUUCAAUCCAAUUUCAGGGCACAUCAUGAGGAGGUACAGCCCGGGGUAUUACAGUCCCCCAAGAAGGGGAUAUAGUAAUCGUGGAAGGAGUCCACCAAGAGGUGGUUAUAGCCCGCCGAGGCGGGGUUAUAGUCCUCCAAUAAGAGGAUAUGGUGGCGGUGGUGGUGGUUUUGGAAGACGCAAGGACUCAAAUAAUGGAAGUUUGUUGGUUCGUAACAUUCCUUUGGACUGCAGACCUGAGGAACUUCGAGUCCCUUUUGAAAGAUUUGGGCCUGUUCGUGAUGUAUAUAUUCCAAAGGAUUAUUAUACAGGUGGCUUAAUGUUAAGGAAGAACCUUGGUAGAUCGAAAAAGAGGGAACCUCGUGGCUUUGCCUUUGUGCAGUUUGUGGACUCGUACGAUGCUUCAGAAGCUCAAUAUCACAUGAACAGGCAGAUUUUUGCUGGACGGGAGAUAACCGUAGUAGUUGCUUCAGAAUCAAGAAAACGGCCUGAAGAAAUGCGCAGGAGAACCAGGCAGAGAAGCGGUGGUCCUAGAUACGGUGCUCGAAGAUCACCUGCUUACAGACGUUCUCGUUCGCGAUCAGUUUCUCGUUCACGUUCGCCUCCCUAUCACUCUGUUUCUAGAGGGGGUCAUCACUCGAGAUCUUAUUCUCCUUCUCCAAGAAGACGUGAGGAGUAUUCGGCUUCCCCCACUCGAAGACCUGUUGAUAAAUCAGGAUCACCCAGGGAAUCUCCUCGUGGAGAUGUCCAUAGAUCAUAUACUCCUGAUCAUGAAAAUGGUAAAGCGAAAUAUGAAGCCGAAGAAGGAGGUCACAGAGAUUCUCAAAGGCGUGUUUCAAGAUCACCGUCUGGCUCAAGAUCUCGAUCAGCAGAUGGUUCACCUGCGCUAAGUAGAUAAACGAUUGUCGAGACGAAGAAAUCCAUGCUUUGUGUUUGAUUCAGUUUACAUUUGAUAUCCAGAACGGUUUAGAAUUUGCAUGUUUUCUAAUAUCAAUGCUUCGUGUGAGUCCCAAGUAAUUAAGUUUUCUAUUGUACCCAAAUUAUCAAAUGCUCUUUAGAAAAAUUUAACACACUCGUUCGUUUGUUAAACUUGGCUGUAUUACUUUUAGCAUUGGACUUUUACUCAUUAUCCCUACCAAUUUUUUUUUUCUGAC